AUAUAAAAGUUCCAAAUACAAAUAUUGUUUGAAGUGCCGCGUCGUUAUCACAAAUUCAAGGCCAAAUAUAUAUAUAUAUAUAAGAACAGAGGUAACGCAUCAGAAUGUCGGCGUAUGUCAAUCGCGACAGAGUGCACUACGGAUUACCUUGGAGUACAGUAAUUAUCUAAAGAUGCUGUCUAGGCAAUUUGUUCGUAGUGGCCAGUCACGUGCAGCAGUGAGAUGGUUUACUCGUAACAGUAUUAUGCGAGAAUCUAAUCAAUCACCAAAACACAGUGAUAGCACAAAGGAUGAUGUUUUAGCGAAGCAUAUGUAUCGUGUCACCAACUUUGAUAAACGAAUAUUAGUUUGGGUGAAAAGAUAUCCUAGCAUUGCGGAAGUUCCUGAGAAAGUUACAGUUGAUUGUCUACUUACUGCAAGGAGUAAAGCUCGAAUCAAGACCUGUAACUACAUGAUAGUUGUAACCAUAAUUGGUUGCAUUAUUGCUGCGUUUUUGGGAAAAAGACAAGCUGAGAGAGGAGAAAACUUGUUCAAGAUGAGACAAGACUGGUAUGAAGAAAUGCUAGAGAAAGAUAAAAAUAAAUAAAUAAACGCCAAUCAAAUCCCAUAACAUUCACAUGGCGAAUGUUGUCAAAAUGUAGAAAUAAAUUAGAAUUAUUUAGGAUGCAUAAUUUUGAAAAAGCAUGAGGAGAUAUGAAAAUCUCGUCGAUAUUUUGAAGUGACAUUACUUCUGAUAUUUUUUACAAGGCAAUAAACAUUUUGAUUUGAUAGUUUGUAUUUGUUAUGUAUAAUGAGCGUUUUAUAAAAUGUCUUACAAUAAUCAGAUGAUAAAAUACUCUGUGUAUGUAUAUAUACACGCAUCUAUUGUACAAUUACAAGUAUUAGUCAAGUGAGGAGCCUUGAUUUAUGUACAUAAUUGAUAACAAUUUAAGUUGGCAAUAUAUAUAUAAUAUUGUACAUCUAACCAUGUGGUCCAUAUAAUCCAUGUAUAUGUUUCUCUGUAGAUGACGUACAAAUACAAUAAACGCUCAUGAAAAGA